UGCUUCAAGCGCAAACAGGACACAAUCCUUGUGGAUUAUCCUGACCUGAGCCAGCCCUCUGCAGAAGAGUUGGCAGAAAGAAUGGAGGGCAUGGAAGAUGAGGAGCCUCUCUGCAAUGAAACCCUGCUACCUGAUCUCACCAUGGGCAGGGGCAGUCAUGAUUUCAUGCAGAAAAGGGAUGAGAUAACUGCCAUCAGUGAAGAGGAGAGGGACCUUCAUGACAGCCAAAGCAGUGAGGAGUGCUGCUGUUGUUACAAGGAUGAUGAUCCUGCUGUCAGACCAGAGAACGCUGGAUUCAACUCUGAGAGCUGCAGCGAAGCAGAAGAGCCAGCCCAGGAGGACCUGUCUGUGGAGUCAGAAAAUGAAAACGCAGCACUGAAAAAGCAAAACCCCAGUGAUUCAGAUGAAAUGGGCACACUGAGAAAGCGCAACACGAAAGGACUUGAGUGA